CUACUCACAAGCAACGCAAGCAAAAAGAAGGGCGGAAUUGAUCCGGUGAAGUUUCCCAUCUCCAUCUCUGGUGAAACCCUCCGUGAUGUUGUUCGUUCGACGACCAAUCCUUAUGGUCAUCGUUCUCCUUGCCAUGCUCCAUGGAAUACAUCCCCAGGGACCGGCACCGGUGCCGGCCCUCGACUGCACCAAUGCACUGCUGAACUUGUCAUCGUGCUUGACAUAUGUGGAGGAGGGCAGCAACUUGACACGGCCUAAGAAGGGAUGCUGCCCGGGCCUUGCUGUCCUGCUGGCCACCGAGCCUGUGUGUCUGUGCCAACUCAUCGGCAAUUAUGCUAGCUUUGGCAUACAGAUCGACACCACCAAGGCGCUCAUGCUACCUACCGUCUGCCGGGUCCAUGCACCGCCGGCUAGCCUAUGUGCAGUCCUUGGAGCUCCCAUUGCAAGUCUAUCACCAACGACCGGUGGAUCUGUAGGAUCCAGUCCAUCAACGCCAGCAGCCGUCCCACGAAACAGCAAUAGCGGCAGGUCGAUCUUGAGAGCCACCGGCUCAGUAUUGCUCUCAGCUCUCUGCUGCACCGCCGUGGCCAUCGCAACCUUCUAAGUUGAUCAGAGAACAUUACCUGCUUCCUAUAGAAAAUUAUCUUUAUAGCUUUCAGAGAGCUGAGAGCAACUACUUGUAAUUUCUUAUAUAGCACAUUAUCUGCAGUUGAUUGAAAAUUAAUAACAAUUCUUUGGUUGUUUUUUUUAAAAAGGAAUUCCUUGGUGUAUUUGACACAAUUAAACUUUCAAUUAUUAAGUAGCAAGCAUCGGUUGACAUGCCGUCUUCCAUUGGUUUAAGGUGAUGGUAACGUUUUUUAUUUUAUUUUAUUUUUUUUUCUUUUUGGUACAUGGUGAUGGUAACAUUUGAUCUGCAAUUCUGGUGCUAUAUUCUAGGGGCUCACCGGUGACAUGUGACCUCCCUUGCGCCAUUCAAUUCUCUGCCUCUCUUUUCGGUUCUACUACAGGAGAUGUAGGUGAUUUCGGAUUUCUCGUGGACUCUACCAUGUCGCUAUGUGGUAUGGUUGGUCCACGCAAAAAAGACGGGACCCACAUUGUCCGACCUUUAAGUGCUGUUGGGGCCCCCAACUUUGAAGUUUCAGCAGGACUCGGUGCCCAUAAUCUGAAUCAAUCAUUUUUUAGCAUGUACAAAGGAUCUUUGGUUUGUGACAAGCACAUCCCAUGCUUUACAAAGAGAUAGUACUGGAUCUUCUGCCUGACAUCUUUUGUACUGCAAAUUGUCGCCAAGUUGACCAUCUCAAAAACGGAGAGCAUGCAUGCAUGGAAGAUUCCUGCAUGAUCGAUGGUGGUUCAAUGCAACCUAUGAUCCUAAUCAUUAGAUAUAAUCUAAUCUGAAUUACCUGCACGCUUACAAUCAUGUGAUUUUAAGAUCUCUUGGUUGGUCAAAAAAUUGAUUAGUUUAAAUAAUAUAAAAUGAUAAAUAUCUUUGAGUAGUAAUCUAAUCGAGUGUAGCAAAAUCUAUGUCUAUAUAUGUCGUGCAUCUUUGCUAACCUCAUGAGCCAUUACUCGAUUGCUAAUUUAUAAAUAAAACAACAACAAAUAUAUAGAUAAGACCAACCAACUGGCACCCUAUUUGUUUUAUUGCUAUGACACUUUAAGCACAACAUUUUUUUUCUCAUCUAUUAUUUAUGUUUAGCUGCAUGCCAUGCAAGUUUGACUACUAGUUAUAAUGGUAUAGUUAGAUUUCCAUAUGGUGCAGCUAACAGUUGAUUC